AUGUAUCCUCGAAUGCUGUCUGACAAUGGUCACCUUGUCUUCACCACUGGCAAUGACAAAGAAAUCCGAUUUCAGACUGCAGCAUCUGGCAAGAUAAAAUUUGGUGAAGAGGACCUUAAUGAGCUCAUGAACAAGAUUAAAAACAACACCGAUGACAUUGACGACAUUAAGACCAAUGGAGGAACGGUUCCACCUGACAUCACAAACAAACUUACCCAGCUUAAUUUGACAGUUUCAUCACUUCAGAAUAAAGUUGCAGCUCUUGAAUCGGCAGUCCAUGUGGUGUCAUGCAGCAGUAAUCCCUGUCAAAAUGGAGGAACAUGUCUGAACCUGUUGAAUUCAUAUCACUGUUUGUGUCCCACCAACUGGGCUGGUCCAAACUGUGCAGUAGAUGUGAAUGAAUGUCAGGUGUACUCUGGGACAUCACAGGCUUGCCAGAAUGGAGCAACAUGUAUCAACUCAGCGGGGUCAUUCUCGUGUCAUUGUUCUGCAGAGUGGUCUGGUGUUCUUUGCACUGUGCGUUAUGAUGACUGCAGGAAUAGUCAGAAUCUGUGUGUACAUGGCAUGUGUAUUGAUGCAGACCGGGUCACACCUGGACAACCUAGUUACCAAUGUGUUUGUGAGAGUGGCUGGAAGGCUCCAGCUGGGAACCCGGCCUGUGUGGAAGAUGUCGAUGAGUGUAAUCUUCCCAGCAAGCCUUGUUCCACCAACCCCCCAGUGUCCUGCUUCAACACCCCGGGUUCCUUCCACUGUGGAGCAUGUCCAGCCGGUUGGCAAGGCACUGGCUACAGCUGUCAGGAUGUGGAUGAAUGUUUGACCAAUAAUGGCGGCUGCUCCACCGCUCCGAUGGUGCAGUGUUUGAACACUAUGGGAUCCUUCCAUUGCGGUUCUUGUCCACCAGGUUAUGAAGGAGAUGGCAGAACGUGCACUCAAGCUGACAUUUGUGCAACCAACAAUGGAGGCUGUCAUCCUUUAGCCACCUGCUCCUCCAGACCAGAGUCCACAUUCCCCAUUUGUACCUGUCCUCCAGGCUACAUAGGCAACGGUUAUGGACCCAGUGGUUGCACUCAGACCAGCAACAUCUGCCAAACCAACAACCCCUGUGUCAAUGGACAGUGCACGGACACCAUUACAUCUCCUGGAUACAUCUGCAGCUGCCACCCUGGUUGGGAAGGAGUCAACUGUAACCAGAACAUUAAUGAAUGCUCCAGCAACCCCUGUCAGAAUGGAGGAACCUGUACUGAUGGAGUUAAUGGAUUCACGUGCACAUGCACUGACCAUUGGACCGGUCCACUGUGCCAGACUGCACAACAAGUGUGUGGAGGUUAUCUAAGUGGCCCUGCUGGGUCUUUCAGUCAUCCCAAUACCCCUGGUCAUGAAGACUACAAGCACAACACCAGCUGUGCCUGGGUGGUUCAUGUGGACCCAAACAAGAUCCUGAGUAUUACCUUCCCUUACUUUGAGCUGGAGAGCAGUACCAACUGCAACUAUGACUUCCUUCAGAUUCAUGAUGGAGACAGUCCUUCUGCUUACAUGAUUGGAAAAUACUGUGGUCACACUCCUCCACAGGUGCUUAACAGCUCGCACAAUGCCCUGUACUUCUGGUUUCGUUCUGACAGUUCUGUCAGUGCUGGAGGCUUCACAGUUGCUUGGCAGUCACAGGACCCAGUGUGUGGAGUAGAGCUCACUGGUUCAUAUGGAGACAUCAGCUCUCCUGGUUAUCCUGGAAACUAUCCUCCUAACCAGGACUGCUAUUGGACUGUGACAGUGGAUCCUGGUUUGCUUAUCACAUUUGCAUUUGGGACCCUGGGCUUGGAGGAUCAUCCUGACUGCAGCUAUGACUUCCUGGAGAUCCGUGAUGGCCUUCUUCCUCAAGAUCCAGUUCUGGGAAAGUACUGCAGCUCUCUUUCACCUGCACCAUUAAGAACCACAGGCCCAGCUGCAUGGAUCCACUUCCACUCUGACAGCAUUAUUUCUGGCACAGGCUUCCACAUCACAUACACGACAUCUCCAAGUGAUCCUGGUUGUGGUGGCACCUACACCGACAGUGAAGGCAUCAUCAUCUCUCCCAACUGGCCCAACAACUAUGCCCACAACCGUCAGUGUAUCUACCUGAUCCGGCUGCCAGUGGGUGAAGUGGUGUCGCUCAACUUCACACACAUGAACAUGGAGAGUCACAGCAGCUGCUCUUUUGACUACGUGGAGGUCCGCGAUGGCCGUUCGGAGACUGAUCCUCUGAUAGGGAAGUACUGUGGGAGCACCCUGCCAGCUCCUAUUGUCUCCUCCACGGAGUCCCUAUGGGUUCGCUUCAAGUCCGAUAGCUCAGUCAGUCGCACUGGUUUCAGGGCUGUGUACACUGUCGCUUGUGGAGGCACUUUGUCAGGCUCAGGGGAGUUCUGGACUCCAUACCACCCUAAUUUCUAUCCCCACAAUAAAGAGUGUGUGUGGGUUAUUAACCAGCCAGAGGGUUACGUCGUUACCCUCAACUUCCAGUCCUUUGAUAUUGAAGGAGGCUCGUGCACGUUUGACUUUGUUGAGGUCAGGGAUGGUGCCACGUCUAGUUCUCUACUGCUUGGAAGGUAUUGUGGCCUUCAGGUUCCACCCAGACUUCAGUCAACCCAGAAAUCUAUGUAUGUGCACUUCAAGACCGAUGCCUCUGUCAGCAACCAUGGCUUUUCUGCAGCUUAUGGCUCUGCUUUGGAAGGCUGUGGAGACACCCUGAACAGUCCAUCAGGCAGUUUUUCAAGUCCUGGACACCCGACGAGCUAUCCCCAUGGUGCUACCUGUACCUGGUACAUCAGUGUUGACCCGGGCAACAUGAUACGGUUGUCCUUUGACUCCUUCAACCUGGAAUACCAUAGCAGCUGUAACUAUGAUUAUGUGGAGGUCUACGACAACAGCACUGUUCAGGCCGGUAGCAAGAUUGGCAGAUACUGUGGCCGUUCAGUGCCUCCAUCUAUCACCAGUACAGACAAUGUACUGACAGUGCUGUUUGUGUCUGACUCAAGUUUAUCUACCGAGGGCUUUUCUGCCAGCUAUGAGUCCAUUGAUGCCACCACAGAUUGCAGUGAGACUUUCACCUCCCCUAUGGGGACCUUCACUUCUCCAAACUACCCUGACAACUACCCAAAUAGUAGAGAAUGUAUUUAUAAGAUCAUCGUUCAGGUGGACAUGCAGAUAAUGCUGAACUUUACUGACUUUAACCUGGAGGGUUCAUCUUCUUGCAGCUAUGACUAUGUAGAGAUAAGGGAUGGAGGCUAUGAGACAUCUCCUUUGAUUGGUAAAUUCUGUUCCAGUCAGGGGCCCCCAGUCUUGGUCUCUCAUAGUAACCGUCUCUGGGUCCGGUUCCGCUCUGACUUAUCUGUCACAAUGCGUGGCUUCAGUGCACACUGGGAUGGUACACAGACGGGCUGUGGAGGAACAUUGACAGCUGCAUCUGGUGCAUUUUCUUCUCCUAAUUUCCCUUUGCUCUACCAUCCUAACGCCGAGUGCUACUGGACCAUCAGGACGAAUCAGGGCAGUCAGCUCAUCCUCUCCUUCUCUGAGUUUCAUCUGGAGUCCAGCUCUGGCUGCUCCUAUGAUUAUUUGGCUGUGUAUGAUGGUGACAGCAGCACUGCGGCGCAGCUGGCCCGAUUAUGUGGCAGCGACCUACCCAGUCCAGUCAACUCAUCCGGCAGUGAGCUCUAUGUGAAACUGCGCACUGACAGCAGUAUCAACGCCGGAGGCUUCCUCGCAUCAUACACCACUGAAUGCAAUGACGUGCUCAUCUCAGGCCAGUACAGAGGAAUGCUGGAGUCACUGAACUUUCCAAACAACUACCCAUUCAACUCUCUGUGCAGCUGGACGAUCCAAGCUACCAGUGGGAACACUAUCAACUACACCUUUACUGCAUUCCAGCUGGAGCGUUCCUCCAGUAACUGUAACUACGACUAUGUCAAGCUUUACAAUGGGCCUAAUGAGCAAGCUCCUCUGAUUGGUAAAUUCUGUGGCUACACCCCUCCUCCACCCAACAGCACCACAGGCUCCACCCUGACCGUGGUGUUCCGCUCAGACUUAUCUAUAUCCAUGUCUGGAUUCCAGAUGAUGUGGCACCAGAAUGGAUGUGGUGGGGAGCUGUCUGGCCCCAUCGGAUCCUUCAGCAGUCCAGGUUACCCCAGUGCCUACCCAGCGAACAGGGAAUGCCUCUGGUACCUCACCACGUCUGCUGGCAGCAGCAUCACCCUCACCAUUGUUGACUUUGAUGUGGAGUUUCACCAAACCUGCAACUAUGAUGUGCUGGAGGUUUAUGGAGGCCCAGAUGUGAAUGCCCCUCGACUGGCACAGCUUUGCCAAACAUCAACGAGCCCAUUGCACGUCUCCAGCACUGGCAACACGAUGACAAUACGCUUCAAGACUGAUGUCUAUAUCAGUGGGCGUGGUUUCAAUGCAACCUGGACAGAAGCUCAAGGAGGUUGUGGAGGUCCAGUCACAGCUCCAUCAGGAGAGAUCCAUUCUCCUUUGUAUCCCAGCAACUAUCCACACAAUGUGGACUGUUCCUGGGUCAUCAGGGUGGAUCCCAGUCAUCGUGUUUUCUUUAACUUCUCUGAUCUGGAAAUUGAAUAUAGUAGUAGCUGUUCCUGGGAUUAUGUAGCGAUCUAUGAUGGCCCGACCAUGUCGUCUCCUUUGCUCAGUCGAGUGUGUGGUUCCAGUCUUCCCCCCGCCAUCACAUCCACCCAGAACACCAUCUACGUACGCUUUAGGUCUGACAGCAGUCGCAAUCACCGUGGUUUCAGUGCUCGAUUCAGCGAGGCAUGUGGAGCAACCAUCACGACAGACAAUGUGGGUGGAGCCAUCAUAUCACCACGAUAUCCGGAAAUUUAUCCACCCAAUCAGAACUGUAGUUGGAUCAUCAGAGCAGAGGAACCAUUCAACCAUGUGACACUGUCAUUCACGGACUUAAACCUAGAAAUGGCCAACUCAAACUGCAGCCAUGAUGCAGUUGUGAUCCUGGAUGGAGACAACUACCAGGCCCCUUCUAUAGGACGAUAUUGUGGGUCUGAGUUGCCUCACCCACUCACCUCCUUUAGUAAUGCAAUGGUAGUGAACUUCAUCUCUGACCACUCUGUGUCUGGAAGAGGCUUCCGAGCCACAUAUUCAGCGUCCACCUCCAGCUGUGGAGGAGACCUGCUGAUGGAGAGCGGUGCAUUUAACAGUCCCAACUACCCAGAUGCUUAUCCCCCAAAUGUGGAGUGUGUCUGGACCAUCAGAAGCUCACCAGGGAAUCGUGUCCAGCUCUCAUUCAUUGUAUUCCAGUUACAGGGAAAUCUCCAAUGCAGCAAUGACUAUGUGGAGAUAAGGGAAGGAAACUCUACAGGUCCCAUUGUUGGACGCUUUUGUGGAAACACGCUUCCCUCCAACUACACCUCCGUCAUUGGUCACAUCCUUUGGAUUAAGUUUGUUUCAGAUGCAUCAAUCAGCGGAGCAGGAUUUAGAGCUACCUUCUCACACUUGUUUGGGAAUGAUGUGACAGGGGAGUUUGGACAGAUAGCGUCACCACUGUAUCCCCGAACAUAUCCCAGCAAUGCAGAUUACCGCUGGACCAUUACUGUGGAGGGAGAUCAAUACAUCCAGAUUCGCUUCCUGGAUAUGGACAUCGAGGAUCUCUAUGAUUGCUACUAUGAUGAUCUCAGGAUAUUUGAUGGUCCCAGUGUCCACUCCUUCCCCAUGGGGACAUUCUGUGGUCUGUCUUUGCCCCCACUACUGCAAAGCUCUGGCAGCUCUAUCACACUGCAGUUCCAAUCCGAUUCAAUGAUAGGAGGACGAGGCUUCCUGCUGGAGUGGGCCGCUGUGCAGAACUCUGGACCGCCACCCACUAUCACGCCAGGUGCGUGUGGUGGAGUGCUGAUGACCUCGGAGACUCCUGGUUUCAUUUUCUCACCUGGUUGGCCUGAGAACUAUCCUCCGAACAUGGAGUGCACCUGGCUGAUACGCUCUCCAGAAUCAACCGUAGAGUUUAACCUGUUGUUUGUGGACAUGGAGGACUACCCCACCUGCUACUUUGACAGCCUCGUCAUCAGAGAUGGCGAGACCAGUAUAUCUCCUGUCCUGGCCAGCGUGUGUGGUCGGGAGCCUCCAGGUUCACUGCACUCCACAGCAGAUGCCAUGUACAUCCACUUCUCCUCUGACAGCAGCAACAGUGCCCGAGGAUUCAAUGCCUCCUACUCCAGAGGUUGUGGCGGUCUGCUGCAUGCAGAUCGGGGCAUACUGAGCAGCCCUCACUACCCUCAGAACUACCUGCCUGGUCUGGACUGCAGCUGGCAUGUGAUGGUAACACAGGGCUUCAAGGUUUCUGUCAGCUUUCAUAGCCCCUUCCAGAUCCAAGGCAGUGAAGACGGCUGCACCUCAGGAGACUACCUGGAGCUCAGAAAUGGUCCAGAUGGUUCUGCACCGCUCUUGGGGAGUCGUCUUUGUGGUUCCAGCGUGCCAGCGAUCCUUCAGACCACUGACAAUCACCUUUACAUUCACUUUGUGUCUGACAACAUGAACGAGGGCAGCGGCUUCAAGCUGACCUUUGAAGCCCACAGUCAGGCAUGUGGAGGCUUUAUUCACCUGAAUGACAAUGAGCCUCCAGGAUACAUCACCUCACCUAACUACCCUAAGAACUACCCCCAGAACAUUGACUGCAUCUGGGUCAUCAGUGUGCCAAAUGGAGAAGCUGUCCAAAUCAACUUUGAGGAUGAUUUCUACAUUGAACCCACAUCAGACUGUAUAUAUGACUACUUGGAGUUACGUGAUGGCUCCACAUCAAAUGCUGAUCCCAUCGCACGGCUUUGUGGCAACACUCGACCAUCAACCCACCGUUCUACAGGGUCCUCGAUGUUCCUCAGGUUUCGGACUGACACCAGUGUGACACACAUUGGCUUCAAGGCAAAGUACACAAUAGCGACCUGUGGGGGCACCUACAUAGGUCAGAGUGGUAUGAUCCACAGUCCUGGAUUUCCUGGGGCCAACUACCCUGACAACUCCAACUGUGAGUGGUACCUGGAAGGUCCCACCGGACACUACCUCACACUCAGCUUUGACAGCUUCACCCUGCAGAACAGUGAAAGCUGCUCAGCAGACUACGUGGAGAUCAGAGAGUACAAUGCCUCAGGAGGUGUUGUGUUGGCCCGACACUGUGGUAACAGCAUUCCAUCCUCUGUGGACACGUCUGACAGUUUUGCUUAUGUCAGGUUUGUGAGUGACUCCAGUGUGAAUGCUGCUGGCUUCAGUCUGUCCUUUGAAGCCAGUGUUGAAGAAUGUGGAGGGGAGUUGAAUGCUCCCUCAGGAACUAUCUUUUCUCCCAACUACCCCAACCUGUACCCACAUAGCCGGGUGUGUCGCUGGGAGCUGCUUGUGUCACCAGGACGUCGGGUCACCCUCACCAUCAAUGACAUGCGCCUGGAAGGUUCUGGAACAUCUUGUCUUUUUGACUAUGUAGAUGUAUUUAACGGUUUAGGUAAUGAUGCUCCUCGCCUGCAGCGAUUUUGUGGCACAGUACCAGCUGGCACCCAGGUGCGCUCCUCUGGCAACACCAUGACUGUCGUGUUCCGUACGGAUGCCUCUGUGUCCAACGGAGGCUUCAUGGCUACAUACUCCUCUGAUGACCCUGCAGAAUGUGGUGGAAUCCUGAACAAUGUUGCGGGUGGAAACUUCACGUCUCCUGGCUACCCGACAUCCAACUACAGUAAUAAUCUCAACUGUGAGUGGCUCAUCCAGAACCCACAGCACGUCAAUUCCUCCAUUGUGGUGCUGAUUCAGGACAUGCACCUGCAGAACCACCAAACCUGUGCGAAUGACUACUUGCAGUUCCGUUUAGGUGACUCAGGUGGAGAGCUGCUGGCCAGCUUUUGUGGGCAGUCCACUCCCAGUGUACCCAUUGUGGUUUUCACUCCAGAACUUUGGGUCCAUUUUCAGACAGACAGCACACAGGGAGACCUGGGCUUCAAGGCUGAUUACAUGUUCUCUGCCUGUGGAGGCUGGCAGUCAGGUGAAGGUGGAGUGUUAUCCAGCCCCAACUACCCCAACGUGUAUCCCAGCCCGAGUCGCUGUGCCUGGCUGCUAGAAGCUCCCGUGGGUCACACCAUUACGCUAACCUUCAGCACCUUCAACCUUGAGCACCACUCCACCUGUGGCUGGGACUCAGUCACCAUUUUCAACGGUGGCUCUCCUGGCUCUCCUAUUAUUGGCCAGUACUGUGGCACCACCUCCCCAGGAACCAUCCAAUCUGGAUCCAACAAGCUUGCGGUAGUCUUCUUGGCUGACCACAGUGUGUCCAGAGGGGGCUUUUUGGCCUCCUGGUCAGCAGACUCUUCAGGAUGUGGUGGGGUGAUCCAUGCAGAUACAGGGACUAUCAAGUCUCCAAACUAUCCUCAGAACUUUCCUGUCAGUGCAGAGUGUUCAUGGCAGAUCAUUGGUCAUGAAGGAAACCACCUCGAAAUGAGCUUUGACAGCAACUUCGAGAUUCCAGACAGCUCCGGGAGCUGUCAGACCAGCUAUGUCAAGGUAUGGUCCGGUCAGACCCAGAAUGCAGAGGCAUUGCUUGCGACAGGUUGCGGUUCGGUGGCUCCGACAUCCAUAAUUGCUCCAAACAACAUAAUUACAACCAGAUUCCAAGCUACUGGAGCUGUUGGCAAAGGAUUCUCAGCCACAUUUAGCAGCAGGUGUGGUGCCAACUUCACAGCUCGCAGUGGUCGAGUGGUUUCUCCAAACUACCCCGCCGACUAUCCUGAAUCAUCCAGCUGCUACUACAACAUAGAUGCUGGAGCACAAACUGUCAUUCUGCUCACCUUCAAGGUCUUCCAAAUAGAAGCUCACUCCUCCUGUCUGUAUGACUGGCUGAAGAUCUUCAGUGGUCUCGGCAGCAGUCGGCCUCUGGCCACACUGUGUGGCAGCAGCAUCCCAGGACCAUUCUCCACCUUUGGUCCCAUGAAACUUCACUUCUAUUCUGAUGUUGUAGUCACAGACACCGGCUUCAUGGCUGAGUACACUGCUAUACCGUGUGGUGGCUUCUUCAACAGCACAGCAGGUACAGUGAGCAGUCCAGGAGUGUCCAUGACCAACUACCACCACAACAUCAACUGUACCUACCACAUCAUGGUCCGACCCAACAGAGUGGCUGAUCUCAAGUUUAACACCUUUCACCUGGAAGCUUCAUCUUCCUGUCGCUAUGACUAUGUCACAGUAUAUGAUGGACAGGACACCAUGGCACCUUUGUUAGGAAAAUUCUGUGGUACAGUGCUCCCCCCUGAUCUUCGAUCGUCCACCAACCACCUUUUCCUUGUAUUUCGGACUGAUGCCUCAGUCAGUGGGAUUGGAUGGAGGGCCACUUACUUUGAAACACUGGGUCCAUCACAGGGAUGUGGUGGCUUCCUGUCCACGUCCUCCGGCACGUUUGGUUCUCCAGAUCCCAACUUGGAUGGGCGCUAUGAGCCCAUGUUGAACUGCAUAUGGACACUUUCCGUGCCGGUCAACAACAUCAUCAACCUGAACUUCAGCUCUUUUGAUCUUGAGUCUUCCUCCACUUGUCGCUAUGACUACCUCAAGGUGUAUGACGGUGACAACAUGAACUUUCCUCUGGUUGGGACUUUCUGUGGAAACACCGUCCCUGCUCCUUUUGUAUCGAGUGGAAACUUCCUGAUUGUUCACUUUGUCACCGAUGGCUCAGUACAGAGGUCAGGAUUCAACGCUUCCUUCACAGCUGUGCCAAUGAUUUGUGGUGGGAGUCUGAAUGCCACCACCACCAUACAAACUCUGACAUCUCCAUAUUUCCCAAAUGCAUACCCCCCUUACACCUCCUGCAUAUGGACUCUGGAUGCUCCAGCUCAGGAAAACAUUAAGGUGUCAGUCCAGACAUUUACCCUGCAACCCAGCCAGAUCUGCUCCACCAACUACCUGGAGAUAAAGGACUGGCCUCUGGGAGACUAUGGACAGUCAUAUAGAUUCUGUGCAGCGGACGAUCAUCCUCUGGACCUCUACAGCUACAGCAGAACCUUUCUAAUUCAUUUUCAAUCUGAUGCUUUUAUACCAGGAAAUGGUCUGAAUUUCACCUAUCAGAUUGCAGGCUGUAGUCGAACCUAUGAACAGGACUAUGGCUAUCUGAAGAGCCCUGGCUGGCCCGAUAUCUAUCCCCACAACAUAAACUGCAUCAUCAUCCUGAAGGCUCCACAAAACAGUUAUAUUUCCUUUUUCUUCAACAACUUUGAUCUGGAGACCCAUAGCAGUUGUAAUUACGACUACUUGGAGGUUCGGAAUGGAAGUACUCCAGACUCACCAUUGAUUGGUCGGUUCUGUGGCAACACCCUCCCUAACCCCAUCUUCCCACAAUCCAACCUGCUCUACCUACACUUCCGCAGUGACGUCUCCCUUGCUCGAGAUGGGUUUGAGGCUACUUGGACCUCUUCCCCUCAUGGUUGUGGUGGUACUCUGUUCGGGGACCAUGGUUCAUUUGCAAGUCCCAACUACCCGGACACCUAUUCCAAUGGCACCCAAUGUGAAUGGCUCAUCACAGCACCUAGAUGGCGAGUGGUGACCGUGACCUUUGCCCAGAUCCAUAUCGAUGACCCUGGUGAUUGUCAGAACAACUUCCUGAAGUUGUAUGAUGGCCCAGACUCCUCCUCACAGCCCGUAGGACCUUACUGUGGUGCGGAAACCAACAUUGCUCCGUUCACAGCUUCCUUUCAUCAGGUCUACAUUGUGUUCCAAGCACAGUACGCCAUCCUGCCAUCUGGGUUCAGACUGACGUGGAGCAGCUGAAGGAAUAAUCAGCACACCUAUAUAACAUACAUGUCAAAUGCUUUUAUUUCUGUGACCAAUAUAAAUAAAAAGAUACAGUAAUUAGAAUAAAUAAUUGAUCCAUGGAUUCAAAAGGUGGUAGUCAUUUGUCUCUUUGGUGAAGGUGUUUACCCUUUUUAUUGCUGAAUGAAUGUGUUUGCUGUGUUUCCACAUUAAUGCUG